AUGCUGCAAGACGCCAGCCAACCGCCCCCAGAUCCCGUUUGCCAGAGCAUCCGCAUUUGCCCUCCCAACAAAGGAGAUGGGUCAAAUGGUAUCACCCCCGACUGGUCACCAGAGCGGGUGAAUAUUCUCUGUUCUCUUUCCUCUUUGAUCAGGACAAGAGUGGAAGAGUUGCGUCUUCACCCCGAGCUGUGGUGGACGCCCGUGGUAGGCGAUGGCAUCGACGAAGCCACGGCUAUCCGUGUCCUCGACCUCGUUGGCCCGGGCACCGCCGGCCGAAAGCAACGAGUAUCUCUCCUCUCACAGGAAUGCAAUGUCAUGUGGGCAUUCCAGAUCAACCCUACCCUAUUCCCAGCAAGCCUCACCUGGCAAGCUGUCGACGACGACGGCCAACUAGCUGCGUCCAGGGCCGUCGUUCGCAAAGCAGCUCGACGAUCUUAUGCGAGCCUCUCCUCGUCCUCAUCCGGUCCCAAAUUCUCCUGGCAAACAGAGCCGGGAUCCCGCUCUCGAUUGACCUCGCUCCAGCUGGCAAACAUUGCCCUUGUGUUGGAAUGGGAGGAAGCAUUCAAGCGAGAGAUUAGGACUGUGAUAUGGGACUGGACAGGGCAAACACAAGCUGUCCUCGCGACACCGGUGGGAUGUCUACAAGCACAUGGGCCGCGCGGGCUAGAUGCCCAACGGAGGAUAGAAAAGGAAAAGGUCCUCACUCACAUGCGGGACUAUCUCGAACGCCAGAAGAACACCAACAAAACCAGCGUCAAGCGCAUCUACAAGGACCUCGAGCUCCAAAACAUGAAGCUCGAGACGAGCAGUUUCUUACACCCCAGUAUCUACAGCAUGUUACGGGAGAUUGAAGGGGCGAUUCUCAAGGAGAAGAGGCCUGGGAAUGGGGCCAGCGCGGUGAGUCAGUUGAAGACUGUGAACCCUAACAGACCGACCACGCCGGGGCUGUUGGGCAAGAUCAAGGAGAUGGAACACAGUGUCGAGAAUAUGAUGUCGGGAGGGAAGGGGCAUAGGAAGUUUGUGCAGGCUAUGCUGGGCCAUGUGCAGGAGUUUGUGGCUACGCAGCAGGAGAUGCUGGCGGGGGAGAUGUGGAAGUGGAGGGUGGGGGAGGUGAGGAGGUGGAGUUUGCAGUGA